ACGGAAUUUCAUUUUUAUAGUAAACAAGGAUGGAAAAAAAAGAAAAGGGACUCCAAGUCCAAAAAUUAAAAUCUCUACGGUGGUGAAAAGUUCAAAUUUGAAACGGUGGAGUAUAGAAACAAUUAAUCAUAUCCAGGACAAAAUGGCUGGCGAGCAGGAUUCCCGUCCAGUGUCACUGUCUGGAGUUCAAAAAAGUUCCUUUGCAUUUUUCACAAUACGAGAUCGAUUGCCCAACAUUUUAACAAAAGUUAUUGAUGUGUUCAGUAGACUGGCGAGUAACUAUCAUGCUGAAAAAGAUGAGGUUAAAGCCGAAGAUGCAAAAAACAUUGUUGCUAAAUUCUCUAAAUUAAAGAAUGAAAUGCAAACAGAUAAAGAUAUCAAACCAAUCGAAGAUAAUUACAAAGAUUCUAUUUUAUGGAAUGUAUUUUUCAAAGAAGCACCUGUCUUAGAAGAAGGUAAAAGCACCCCAUCCUGGUAUAGUGUAGCAUGGUUGGCUUGUGAGUGUUAUAUGUACCGGAGAAUAUUUGAAGCAAUGCAGUUGAGUCAACAUCACACCUUGUUUGAUCCAUUUUUUGAGCAGAAGUCUAAAGCAUUCUUUUCAUCGGAGAAACCGAUGCAAACUUUGGCAAGCUAUGUGAUGCAAUUUGUGAAAACCACAAACUCAGUGGAACAAGGCAGUGCCGAGAAACUGCAACUAGAUUUUGAAAUGCUUCUGGAGUAUUGUCUCUGGGGAAACAAAUGUGACCUAUCCAUCUCAGCCGGUACGCAAGUUUCCAACCAACUCAAAGAAAGCAGUCAGUUGAAAGAUCUCCUUGCUCAUAUUAUAAGUAAUCACACUGAACAAGUAUGGAAACAUGUGAAUACCAUCAAAUCAAAUGGUAAACAAGCGAGAAUCGAUUUUGUAUUAGAUAACGCUGGCUUUGAAUUAUAUUCUGAUUUGUGUUUUGCAGAGUUCCUGCUCGAUAAACAAUUUUGUGAAGUCGUGUAUUUUCAUGUAAAAGAAAUACCAUGGUUUGUGUCGGAUACAUCAAAAUUUGAUUUCGAAUGGACUGUUAAACAAUGCUGUGAUUCCACAAAUGAAGCUGUUAAAGCGCUUGGCCAACGUUGGCAAACACGGCUAAACAACAAAACCUUUGUUAUUGUUCAAAACAUGUAUUGGACUUUGCCCCAUGACUUCGCCGCCAUGAAAGAGUUUGAUUCCAAGUUAUAUUCGGACUUGUCAGAAUCUCAAUUACUCAUCUUCAAAGGGGAUCUAAACUACCGAAAGCUGAUUGGUGACAGAAGUUGGCCGUUUACAACAACCUUCGACAAUGCAUUGUAUGGUUUCUGCCCCGCACCACUAUGUGCGUUAAGAACAUUGAAAGCCGACUUAGUGGUUGGCUUACAACCUGGUAAAGAUAAAGAGUUGGCAGCUAGAGAUCAAAACUGGAUGACUUCUGGACAGUAUGCUGUUAUUCAGUUUUGUAAGAAACUUUAGGAAAUUUAAACAAUUUGAGAAUUUGACACGUUUUAAGAAGUCUUGAUAUAACUUAUUCAGAAUUUUAGGCAACUUUAUUUAUCUUUUGUAUUAGCACAUAUAUUUUUUAUUGUUACACGCAGUUAUAAAUAACUAUUCCGAUCCUUUCC